UGCACAAACAUAAUUAUUGACAUUACUUAAUAAAACAGAACCAGUAUAACGUAUUUGACUUUAUCGACAUAGUAGGUACUUCACAAAAUGGUGGUAUGGAGCACAUUUGUUCGUUCCUGUUCUAUAAGUCAAAAUUUACAAAAAAUAUAUAUAUUUCGGAAUAAACUUUUACUAAACAACGUUAUCACUCCCAGCCAAACAUGUUGCAUGUCUUCAGAGAUGAUUAUUACAGCUAGCAGAUGGCAAUGGCAUAAAACAAAAGAUAUGAUUCACUUUUAUUUUUUGAUUAUGGCUUUACCAUUAAGCAUUGUCACAUUUGGUGCCAAUGUAUUGGUUGGUCCAGCAACUCUUACUGAAAUUCCAGAAGAUUAUUAUCCACAAUAUUGGGAAUAUUAUAGGAAUCCUAUCACAAGAUUUAUGGCACGUUACUUAUUUUUUAAUCCUCAAAAAGACUAUGAAAAAAGCAUUCAUAUGAUCUAUUUGGAAUCACAAAUUAUGGAAAUUCGCAAAUUAGAACAAAAAGUAUGGGAUUUGCAAGAUGAGCGAAAAGACUUCAGAUAUAACUUAUUUAUACCAUUCAACUAUAUUAAGAAAAGUUCAUAUAUGCAGGGUUUACAAGAUGAUUAUGAUUUCGGAGAUUAAUUUGAAAUAUUUUGCCAAUAUGUAUUUUCUAUAAAUCUAGUUUCAUUAAUUACGAAAUUGAUUUGGUACAGUUAAAAGUAGUUAAAAAAAUUG